GGAGCGUGAAAAGGGGCCUAUAACCCCUCGUGACUGACCAUUUCACACAAUUUAGAAAGUCACGUGAUUAUCCUCACUAAAACAAGGAUGUGAGUUAAAAAAGCAGCACAGCUGCAAGCGAAACAGCAAACUAAUAUUUCUGCGACCUUAUACUGAGAUGAAUUAUUCUAUGCAGAUAAUCUUUCAUGUUUGGAUUCUGGGGUUGUUUGUUCCUGAGAGCGCUCAUGGAAAGCAAGUGUGGCCAGUGCCUUACAAGAGACUUAACAGACGUCCAAGUGUGGAUCCCUACUGCCAGCCUUUAUACCCAUUCUGCCCCACUGGAGAUCCAGAUGGUCGGAUACCCUACAUGAGAGACAAUGACAUCAUCUCCGUGUUCAGACUGCAGACUCCUGUGUGGGAAUUCAAAUAUGGUGACAUCAUGGGAAAGUUUCAUAUCAUGCACGAUGCCAUUGGCUUUGGAAGUGCAGACACUGGAAGAAACUUCACUGUGGAGUGGUAUGAGCUGUUUCAACUGGGGAAUUGCACUUUUCCACACGAAAGAGAGGAGAUGAGCGCUCCAUUCUGGUGUAACCAGGGAGCCGCAUGCUUCUUUGAGGGCGUAGAUGACAUGCACUGGAAACAGAAUGGUACUCUGGAGAAAAUAGGAGAGAUUUCAGGUGAGAUGUUUAAUGAGAUGGCUCAUUGGAUCCAGGAGGACAACGAAACUGGUGUUUAUUACGAGACUUGGACCGUGAAGUCAGACCCUGGAGCCAACGCCACAACAUGGUUUGAAUCCUACGAUUGUUCUCAGUUUGUGCACCGGACAUAUAAGAAAUUAAUAGAGCUAGGUGCUCGGCUGUUCAGCAAAUCUCAAACGAAUUACACAAAGAUCUAUUUGUUCAGCGGAGAGCCUAUCUAUUUGGGAGAUGAAGUCAUUUUUACAGAUUCUUCUACGAAAGACCUCGCCGCAGAUAUCAAGAAGUUCUAUCACUCGUUUCGCCCUCACCAAUCAGUAUUGAAAGUCAUAUUGAGUCUGUUUGAAGCUUAUGAAAAGAUGGUCCUGGAGAAGACCUUCUAUUUGUACUACAACUUUGAAUAUUGGAAACUACCAAUGAAAUAUCCCUACUUCAGAAUAACCUAUGAGGAGAUUCCUUUGCCCUAAUGACCACAGUCUUUGCUGCUAAACUAAUGGCAGUUUUACAUUUUUCUAUUUCCAUUUUUGCAUGUUGGCAAUUGUCACUACCUAUUUGGUAAUUAACAAUGUUUACUAAAAAUAUUGCAAAACAACUUUGGAAUAUUUCACUAAAUAUAAUCCUUUAAUGUUCUAAUGCUAUACAAUGUUUUUUUCAUUGUUGAAUUUUGAUGUAAGUAUGCAAAACAUUCACAAGAGAUCUGCACCGACGUUUAGAUUGCUCUUUAUUUAAACAACAGAUAAUGUUAUAAUCACAUUUUUAUGACAAAUAAAUAUGGUACUUCCAAAUUUGCAACACAAGCAAUUUGCUCAAUUGCUUAGGAAAACAUCAGCACUUGCUUUACUGCUUCUGUAUUUGUACAGACUGCAGUUUUCUGAUCUUAAUUUGAAGUUAAAAAUGUUCUCCAGCACUCACUCAAAGUCAGAUUAUGUUAUUUUAAUGCUGAAAUCUCUAAUGAUAGCCCAGAAGUCGAACAUAUUCUAUCACAUCCUUUUUUGUAAUAAUGUACCAUAAUGAAUGCUGCUUUAUUUAGGUGCUUUUACAAUUUCCAAAAGUUAAUACAUGUCAACUUUAAUUCUGGAUGAGUUAAAAAUUCAAGUUAAAUGCCACUCUAUUACAUGCCAUUAACUUUUAGUACAAUUUUUAUAGGCAUAUCAAUCAACAAGAAGCAUGACCCAAAUUUAAACCAUCAAUAUAAACUGAUUAAUAAAAAAUAUAUCAAUAAAUUACACUGAUCAAAUAUAAUUACAAGAGUACAAAAAGCCAUUUAGUAACUAAUCCCACUCAUAUAUGAAAGAGAUCAACACAGAAACACUUCAAACCUCGACAGAGGGUGCAAGAGACAUAAGCAUUUCUAUUUAUAACACACAGCAUUUUAUAUACAGAUACAUGUGACUUCCUUCUUAAAGGAACUGCUUCCUUUAAGCUUUCCUUUUAACACUCACAUGCAUGAUCAGAAAUAAAGGGGUGUGUUUGAAUGCAGGCAGUUUAACAUACAUAUAUUGUACGUUAGCUUGCAACUACGCAAGCAUUGGAUGCAUAUCAACAAAUUCAUUAUAUAGUUGUAUCCUGCUCAGUUCAUCAUGUCUGCAAAGCCAAUUCUCACAACUUUCUUUAUGCAAUCUAAUAGAAACCAGUCAAUGGUUCACUGUAUUCUUAAAACUGAUUAGCAAUUUCUUUCCCCAUUCGAAGACAAAAGUGUAAUGUUAACCAAACAUCCUUUCAUUUCAUUCCACUCUGACCUACUCGAACAUACCCAACAAGAUUUCUAAAAUAAGCUAUUUUAUGUUAUUUGGCAUCCCCAUUUCCAUGCUUGCUUAACCACCAGAAAGAAAUAUUUAGAUGUGGUAUAUAUAAAGUGCAUAUUAUGCACCAUACAGAAAUUAUUUUUUGUACAAAAGCACAGUAAUACCAAAUAUAUUUAGUUAUACAAAAUGUCUUAAUCACAUUAUAAAAUACAGUUAAUUAUCUACAUAAACCAAGUUCAUAGCUACACGACAAAGACUGUUGCCAAACCAAAUUUGCUUUGCACACUUUAACUUGUGAUCUUACCAUGUAUCACACAAGCAAGGCCACUAAUUAGUGAGGGAAAGCCACUCGCUCACUCUCACUAAAGGUUUAUGGCUUUCCAUGCUACUAGAGGGAGCCGUUUAGAAAUUCCCACUGAUAUCCAUCUUAGCAAUAUGCUGAACUACACAAAAAGUUUGCAGAGUAAAAAACUAAAUGUGAUAUACCAUCUUAAAGUUUAAUGCAAUGCAGUUUUGCACUGUGAAAAUGUAUUAAUUUGCUUAAUCCACGUCAAAGCAUUGAACUACGUGAUCCACAUCUGUGGUUUUGACAGCAGAACGUUUAGCCAUUGAACACACCCUGAUCUAAACCGCUACAUUGUAAUGUAAUAGUGAAUUAUGUAGAGAUAGAUGAGCAUCUGAUGAGACCAUCAACAAGGACAAAGAGUCCAUUCGAAAUCUGAAUUUAAAUAUAUGAGCGAUGAAUAUCGGUUUUAACUCUCGACUAUAACCUCAACUAAUAAAACAGUUUUCCGCUUUCAUUCAAAACUGAAUUAGUUUUUCCUCUUGGAUUAGUAUUAUUUAUUUUAUACAUAACAGUAUAUACAUGGCAUGGCUUGUACAGCUUUCAUCUGCUUAGUUUCAUGAAGAAAACAUCCAACGGAGGCUUCUUAAAAACAAAAAUGGAAAAAGGGUGCUAUCGGUGAAGUAGAUGGUGGAGUCAUAUUUCACCUUAAAAUGCAUAUUUGAAGACCAUUUAUAGGACCCGCAUUAUUUUGGAUAUUAUUGUGAUGACAGAUAUGUCUCAUUACCAUACUGCAAAUAUCUAAUUCUCUUUACUAGAAUAUUAAUUAAAUCUAUUAAAAAUCUAUUUAAAAAGUACAUUUAUUUUGCAUUUAAAAUUUGCCUUUGUUUUUAAAUCGGUUUAAAUUAGUAAGUAAAUUAUCGUAAAACAAUUAUAUAUUACAGCAAUGUAUCAUCACUGAGAAAAAUGGAAAUUACAAACAUACAAACAUUUGUGGGGGAAAAUGUUCUUAAGAGUCCUAAAAUUGGCUUCCUUUUCUUUAAGCAAAAUAUAAUAUCUUGUUUCAUUCUAAAAUCAAAAGAAAAUAUGUUUUUGUGAGAUUUGCACCAACCAGCCAAUGAAACAAUACUCCACAGUCAUAGAUGUAAAUUCCUUCACAACUCAAAUCUAUAUACAAAGUCAACAAUAACGGUGAAACAUGUCAAAGAAACCACAAACAAAAAGCCAUUUAGUUCAUAUAGACAAAGCU